AUGGACGAAUACCUAGACCAGUUGGACGAAUAUGUGGAUCAGUUGGAAGAAUAUGCGAUCCAGCUCGACGAGUAUCUGAACCCGUUGUACGACGCUAUGGACCAGAUGGAAGAAGGGAUGCACGUCGCCUUAUACGGCGUUUACAAGAGAGUACUGCCUGAGGCCUCGGUGGAAAUUCUACCUUAUCACUCUGAACCGACAACAAGAGGAGCCGGCAUCCGCACCUCGUUUGUCUUCUUGAACCUUUUCGUUUUGGCCUUUAACGUCCAUCACAUUAUACACAGAACUCCUUAG